UUCAGUUUCAUUCUUUCUUCCCGCUUUCAGUGAUGGCGUCUGCUGAACUGACUAAUGAUCUAACCUGCUCCGUGUGCCAGGAGAUUUAUAAAGAACCUGUAACGCUGCCAUGUGGGCAUAGCUUCUGCAUCCCCUGCAUUGGGAAAACAUGGGAUGAACAACAUCGUAUAGAGGAGGAUGCUUCCUGUCCAGUAUGCAGAAAGCAAUAUAAAAGAAAACCUGAACUGAAUAGAAAUAUCGCACUGCAUAACAUUGCAGAACAAAUCCUUCCUGAGAACACAAAAUGUUCUGCACACAAUAAGCACCUGAAGUAUCACUGCUCUGACGAUGGUGCCCUUAUCUGUGAGUCCUGCUGCCAUGUUGGAGAUCACAAGGGACACCAAGUGGAGUCACUGGAUAAGGCUUUUGAGAAACAAAAAGAGAAACUGAGAGAAGUUUGGAAAAAGCUGACCCCAGAGAAAGAGAAAACUGAGGGGCAAGUUCAGAGGCUGCAGGAGAACAGGAAAAAAGUAGAAGAAAUACUAGCUGGCGAGACAGAGAGAGUAACUACUCUGUUUAAGGAGAUCAAGGAAAUGUUGGAAGCUUUAGAGAAGAAAAGUCUAGAUGAAAUCUCAGAGCUGUUAAAGAGGCACUUGCUCCCUUUUACUGAUCUAAUCCAGCAGCUGGAAACAAAAAAGGGUGAACUGUCAAUGAAGAUCUGCAACAUUAAGAAUCUGUGCAACAUGCCAGAUCCACUAACUUUCCUACAGGCAAAGAGAUCAGAUGGUGCUGCUUUCGAUUAUGAGGGCAGAGAGAGAGAUGAUGUAGAGGUUCCUGCUGUAGGGGAUCUGGAUAUGGAUCUGAUCCCAGAUACAUUAAUUGCAGGCCUAGCUAAAAUUGUGACUGUUGUAGAGGGAUGGAGAAUCUAUGGGAAGAAGGCUACAAACAUGUUAAUGGAUAUAAACACAAUUGGGAAUAAUGUAUCUGUAUCUGAGGAUGGGAAAUGUGUAUCUUACUCAGACCAGCGAUACCCACAAAAACCUGAGAGAUUUCACAUUUCUCAGGGUCUAAGCACCAUGUGUUUCUCCUCAGGGAGACAUUACUGGGAAGUGGAAGGCAGUGAAUUAGGUCACUGGAAGGUAGGGGUAGCCUAUCCCAGUAUAAAAAGGAAUGGGGGUCAGUCCUUUAUUGGGGAUAAUAACAAGUCUUGGUGUUUGUGCAGAUGGCAACAUAUCUAUUCAGUGACACAAAAUAAUGAGUGGACACAUUUAUCUCAUGUACCUUCUUGUGGGAGAAUCAGGAUCUUCCUGGACUAUGAGGCUGGAUGUCUGUCCUUUUACGAGCUGAGUGAGUCAAUCAGACACCUUCACACCUUCACUGCCACCUUCACUGAAUCCCUUCAUGCUGCAUUCUGGGUAUGGGGUAAUACCUGGGUCAGAAUCAUUAGUUAGGGGGAUGACCACUGUCCUGCAAGGAAUCCCAUUCCUAAAGCUCCCUUGUGCUGUCUUCUGAGAUUUAGGGAGAUUGUAACUCCUGGGUAUUCCUUACUUUUUAGAUUUAUACAUUUUUUAUUAUCAUUUAUAGUGAAGUAUCCAUAUAAAAUAAUUAUGUUUGGCUUUCUGAAUUUUAAAUAUAUAGCGAGAUAAAAGGUUUGAAAAAUAUAUCUUCAAAUUAUUAUAGGAAACAUUCACAGGUCUUGGUGAAAAAAACAAUGUUCUUUAAUGUACAAAAAUCUAUGUUUCUGUCACAAUUUAGGACCUUUCUCAACUUGACUAUAUAUACAGUACAUAUACUGUAUAUACUAGUGUUUGUAUAUAUAUUAGUGCUUAUUUACUGUGUGUGUACACCAAAAGUUACAUACCUUGGAAGGCUGUAAAAUGCUGUGUAUGACUAAUGUUAGAAGUUUAUUUGUGUUUUCUAAAGAAGGAAGGGACCAAAAUAGUAUAUUAAGAACCUCAAAGAGAUUUUACUUCACUUUCUAUUACAUUACCUUCUAGAAUCCUAUAAAUAGAAGGAAGUUGUAUGAGCAGAAUAGUGACUGUACAAUAUUUGAAAAUGAGAUAAAAUCACCUUUUCUCAGCACUAAUUGAACUAAGCAGUACACAUCAUUUCCGUGCGUAAAUACAACUCUUUUAUUUAAAACAAAACAAC